AUGUCACUUUCUAUGACCAGGGUUGUGCUAUAUUUGGUGAGAAGCAGAAGCGAUAUUGAGCUUCUAGUUUCUAAGCUUGCAGGUAAACCCUGUGGGGUAGUGUUGGUUGCGAUCUUUCACCAGAGUAUCGAGGCAGUUAAUAAUGUUAAAGCAAAGAAUGAGCAUGGAAAAUUUGGUACUCAUUUGAUCUCAUUUAGAGGUGUUGGGUACCACAUGGCAUUUGAUGUUUGGUCAGAGAAGGGUAGUAUGACACUUCAAGGACACUAUGAGUAUGUAAAUUGUUGUUGCUAUAAUGCCCAUGAUCAGUUUGUGUCACCACAACAACUGAUUUCUCAUGUUUGCUAUGAUACUAUUCUUCUUAUGCAUCUUGUAGAAUCUGUGCUAAGUAAGGUCAUGGAAGAGUUUGAGAAUCGCAUCACUAGUCAAGUUGAACUGGAUUUCCGUGUUGUUUUUGAUCAAGAGUUGGGAUUGAUAUUAAAGCUAAGAGACAUGAUGAUUGGUUGGAUACAUGACAGGGUUUCAGAGCUUCUUUAG